AUGAGUGAAUCGCUAACAAAAUAUCAUAUUGAAGUGAACAAUUUGUUUCAAAAGUUCACUUUCGCUGAACUUGCCAAACAGAACAUAACUAGUCAUCAAUUAUAUAUAUGGUCAGCACCAAUUGAUAUUGCAGAACGUUAUCAAUUCUAUUUAAAUCAAAUAUCAGCAUCAAAUACAAGUAAUCAUUCUUCGGAUAAAGAUACUUUUUAUAAUUGUACAUUUCCAAGAUUUGGUUUAUCAUGUCAAUAUCAAAUAAAUAUUUUUAAUGAAAAUUAUACAUCUUUAUAUAAUAUGAUUAUUAACUAUUAUGAAAGCAAGUCGACUUUGACUAAUAUCAUUUGUUAUACUCAUUUAGAAUGCAAUCGUGGUCCAUUUCCAGCUUGUUUAGAUUGGAAAGAAAUUUGUGAUGGUCAAAUUGAUUGUAUGGAUAAUAAAAUAGAUGAAGAACAUUGCUUAGAUAUUGAAAUACAUGUAUGUAACGAUAAUGAAUUUCGAUGUACGAACGGCCAAUGUAUACCAAUAUCGUUUCUUAAUGAUGAUGGUGAUAUUUCAGAUUGUGCUGAUCGAUCGGACGAGUUUAUGAAAGAAAUGAAAGUAGGAAUACAUUUUCAGAAUAAACCACCGUUAUUUCAAAAUGAAGAGCAAAAAUCUUUAUCGAUACCCCUUGGAAAUGUUGACUUACCUAGGCGUUCUAGUCUUCUAUUUACAGCGAUAUUUUUGGUCAAAGAUAAUUCUACAUCGAAUCAAUGUUGGUCAGCAUUAAGAUCGACAAUUGGAGUGCUAGGAAUUGAAAUACCAUUUUUUAAUAAAACAUGCAUGGAACAAGAAUGCUAUGAAAUCAUUGACAAGACGUGUCCAGAUAUAUUUUUCUAUCCGGAUGUUCCACUUUUUUUCCAUGAUAUUCGUUUGGCAUUCAACAAGACUGACAUUGUAUCUCAGAAAAUGCGAGAUUAUAGAUCAGCUUAUAUAUGUUAUAAUAGCUCUUAUUAUGGUGACUAUUCUCCUCUUGGUAACAAGUUUCUUUUCAAAAAUGCAACUUGCUAUUAUCCUGGCUAUAUGGUUCCUUUUCUGCUUCCAUCUCUGACAUUGGAAGACUUUUAUCUACAACCCUUAUAUACAGUAAUCGGUACGAUGAAAGUACACUAUCUUAUUUAUAAUUAUACUAAUGAAAUUUGUAAUCGAUCGAAUAUGUAUCAAUGCAUUAAUUCUUUGAAAUGUAUCUCAAUGGAUCAUCUGCUCGAUGCAAUAAUAGACUGUCCAAAAGAAGAUGACGAAAAUAUAACGCAUAUUAUUGAUUCUCGUUGGACAAAUACGUAUAAAAAUCUUUUCAAAUGCGAAAUAAAUAAUCUCUAUAUUCAUCAGUUACUUGUUAAAGAUGGACGUUGUCAAUGUUUAGUCGACGAUACAGCGUCUUGGUGUGAAGAUGAAGAUGAAGAUUAUGCUAUAGCUCGAAAGAAGCUUUUAUUUCAAACUGUUUGUAAUGGACCAAAUGAUCUAAUUCCAAUAAAUAUUGAUGGGCAAAAUAGAACUGACGAAACAGAAUGUGAACGAUGGCCAUGUAACAAUAUUUAUACUCGUUGUGAUAGUAUUUGGCAAUGUUCAAAAGGUGAAGAUGAAAUCGGUUGUUAUUCGUUUUCAACACUAAAUUGUUCAUCGCGUCAUCAUUUAUGUGUUUCAUUCAACACUAAUCAAUUAGAAUGUUUACCGUACGACAAAGUAAAUGACAACAACAUCGAUUGUGUUGGUGGUACUGACGAACCAACAAUUUGUCGAAAACAGGUUUUUGCUCAUGAAACUAAUAAUGACAUAUUUGCAUGCAAAAAUUCGAGUUCAAAUAUAUGUUUUUCAUCAUCCAGUCUAUGUAAUAGUUACUUUGAAUGUCAAUAUGGAGAUGACGAAUUAUUUUGCACCACCGAUAGAAAUAUCUCUCGUAACCGUGCUCUUUGUUGGACAGAAGACAUGACUAGACUUUCUCAAGUUGAGCGAUUUUUAUGUGAAACAUUCAUCACAAAAAAGAAUCCAGUGCUUAAAUACUUUUCAUUACAUGGAUCGACUGAAUCUAAUUCACGUCUUCAAAAAGACAAUGUUGCAAUAUCAUCAAGUAACCGUAUAGGUCAAGAUAACUCUUUGCGGAUAAUACAAGAAAAUCCAUGUAAUCGUGGUAUUCAAUUAAUUGUUUGGAUAGACGAGAAAAAAAAAUUAUCAAGAACGACCUGCAUAUGUCCACCUAGUUAUUACGGUGAUCAUUGUCAAUAUCAAAAUCAACGAGUCAGUUUGACCAUUCAAUGUCAAACUUUAUCAGAUUCAUGGUCCACAUUAUUUACAAUUAUUAUUUCAUUAAUCGACCAUAGUGAACAAAGAAUUAUUCAUUCAUAUGAACAAUUGACUUAUUUAUCUGUAAGAGAUUGUAAAAUUAAAUUUAAUAUUUAUUUAUUAUAUUCAAAUCGACCAAAAUCUCAAAUUCAAAAUUAUUCGAUACAUAUUGAUGUCUAUGAAAAAGUUUCAUUAGAUUAUCGAGCCAGUUUCUUAUAUCCAAUCAAAUUUUUAUUUUUACCAGUUCAUCGUCAAGCAUUGAUUAUCAUUAUUCCAGGAUUGAAAGAAACGAUAAAAAGUUGUUCAAAUUUAAAAUGUAUUCAUGGCAAAUGUAUGAUAUAUUCGUAUAGUCAAGGCAAUGCUACAUUUUGUCAAUGUGAUCCAGGAUGGUCUGGACAGUAUUGUACAAUCAAGUAUGAUUGUAAAUGUUCAUCUGAUUCGAAAUGUAUUGAUUUAUCGGCUCAUAAUCGAUCUAUAUGUAUCUGUCCAAUAAAUAAAUUUGGCUAUCGAUGUCUUCUUACUGAUCCUAUAUGUCAAAGAAAUGAUAAUUCAACAUGUCUAAAUGGUGGUUAUAUUGGUGAACGAUGUGAAAUACCUGAGAAGAAAAUAAUUAUUUCAUUUGAUAAGAAUCUUGUUGUAUCACAAUUAAUAUUUAUUCACUUCUUAGAAGUUAUUAAAGAUAUUACACCAAAAAGAUCAACUACUUUAAAAAUGAUGAUUGUUCGACAAAAUUCUUUAACAAUUUAUUGGUCUCAAAUAUUUCAUAUGAUUUUUAUUGAAUUUGAAAAUAAAAUUUAUUACUUAGCUGCUAUCGAACAAAUUUAUAAUUUAUCGAUGACACUUGUUACAACAAUAAAAUCAUCCGAUCGUUGUCAACAUAUCAAUGAAUUAUUUAAUAAAACAUUUGUUCAAAUGCAUAUUAUUCGUCGUAUUAAAUAUUAUCAUUUACCAUGUCAACAAUAUUCGUUGAAUCUUUCAUGUUUUUAUGAUGAUAUUUAUUUUUGUUAUUGUUACAAUCUUGGAAAACAACGUUUAGCAAAUUGUUUUGAAUUUAAUCAUACAAUGAAAUUUGAUUGUUAUGGUAAAAGUGUUUGUGAAAAUGGAGGUCAAUGUUUUCAAGAUAGUCCAACUUGUCCAACACGAUCAAUUUGUGUCUGUCAAUCAUGUUUUUAUGGAGCAAGAUGUCAAUUCAGUACCAAUGGAUUUGGCUUAUCACUUGAUGCUAUUAUAGGUUAUUAUAUUCAACCAAAUACUACUAUUUUUCAUCAAUCGAUGAUUGUUAAAGUUAGUUUAGUUUUAACUAUUAUUUUUAUGAUGAUAGGAUAUACUAAUGGAAUUUUAUCUAUUAUGACAUUCAAGGAUAAAACGAUAUGUCAAGUUGGUUGUGGUUUAUAUUUAUUAGAUUCAUCAAUAACAACUUUACUUACAACAACAAUGUUUGGAUUUAAAUUUUGGAUACUUCUUCUUGCACAAAUGAAAAUUAUUACAAAUCGUUCCUUUUUAAAUAUUCAAUGUUUAUCUGUUGAUUUUCUCUUACAAGUUUUUCUUAAUAUGGAUCAAUGGUUAAAUGCUUGUGUUGCUGUUGAACGAGCAAUUACAAUCAUAAAAGCUACUAAUUUUCAAAAGAAGAAAAGUAAACAAAUGGCUAAAUUAAUUAUAAUUAUACUUUCAAUAUUCAUUAUUUCUACAUGUAUUUAUGAUCCAAUUCAUCGACGUUUAAUUGAUGAUAAAAAUGAAGAUGAUAAUAGAAUUUGGUGUAUUGCUUCUUAUACAUCUAAUUUACAAAAGUUCAAUUCUUUUAUACAUACAUUUCAUUUUUUAAUUCCAUUGACUAUUAAUCUAGUCUCAGUCGUGAUUCUCAUAUUAAAAAAAUCUCGUCAACAAGCAAGAUUUCAAAUUAAUCAGAACUACCUAGCAAUUAUCAAAAAACAGAUUCAAGAACAUAAACAUAUAAUUAUUGCUCCUAUUGUAUUAGUCAUACUUGGAAUACCACGUUUAANUGUUGUCUGUAAAACCUCCUAA